CCGGGCCGUACGUUUAAUUAGACUAAUGACAGUGUAGCCAACAUGAAGUGUGUACUCGUACUCGCGUCUAUCGUCUUGGUACAGGGAUACACCCUGAAAGACAAUGAAAUUGAAACGGCUCGGAUUCAAACUAGUGAUGAUCUAAUCAACAGUGUUAUUAGUGAUUGUUUCGAAGCUGAAAGUCCUAUGACAUGUCUCAAAGUGAAGGUUCUCUCCUUCCUGGAUACAAAAUUGGGAGUGACUUCGGAAUCUGCGAGAGCGUUUGAGGAACACAACAUUGACAUAGUGAUCUUUGACCGCGUUGGAAAAAUUCUAAAUUCAAAUGAGUUCAGGUUACAGUUGCCUGAAUUCCUUUUCCAGAAUGCUGAGGUGUCUUAUAGAGCUGAUAGAGGAUUUGAUGUGGAAUUUCCUGUGGAGAAAAAUGACAAUGGAGAAGCCCGAGGCAUUUUGAAGAAAAAGCUCCUGCUGCCAGUACUACUUCUCCUAAAGCUGAAGAUGAAGGCUCUCAUGCCAAUUCUGGUGGCUAUCAUCGGUAUUAAGGCAAUCAAGGCACUGAUCUUGAGCAAACUAGCCAUUACGCUUGUCCUUGGUUUCCUAAUCUACAACCUUGUUAUGAAGAAAGGAGCAAUGCCAAUGAUGAUGCCAACUGAUGCUCCAGCCCUAUCAUCUCAAUAUGGGCCCCCUGCAUCCCAGUAUGGUCCUCCAUCAACGCCAGCAGCGCCUCAAGACUCAUACGGGUCACCAGCUUGGGAACCUGCAAGCUCAGGUCCUUAUGCUAGAGUUUGGGAUCCUUCACAGAUAGCCUAUAAUAGCUAUUACCCCAACGACAGCGCAUCAACUGCAAACCAAUCUCCGAGCUACUCAAGUGUAGCUUCCAUCUCAUCAACUCUCUCGUCAUCCUCAUCAUCACCAAGCAAUUAAAGGUCUACCUCAAUAGCAUAUAGCACGUUAGGAAAGAAAAUUCCAAGACACUUCUAGAUUUUUACCUAUGACGUGUCAGGCACUGAAAUGUACAUAAGCUCCACACGAAUCGGCUAGAGUUUAGGGCAAGU